AUGAGAGCCAAGCUUCUCGCUAUUGAGGAUAUUACUUUGACGAAGGCAGUAGACAUGUGCCGAACAGAAGAAAUUACAGCAAUGCGCUCGCAGGAUCUCGUCAUCCGGAAAGCAGAAAUGGAAGUGAAUAAGGUAAAAUCCAAGUAUCGUUCUCGAAAGCAGGAACAACGCUGCAAGUUUUGUGGUGACGCCCACGAGUUCACCAAAGGCUCAUGUCCGGCUUUUGGAAAGCGAUGCCAUCGUUGUAAAGGAAAAAAUCAUUUUGAGCGUGUUUGCAAACUUGGAUCAAGCAAAUCUAAAACCAGGAAAUUCAAGAAAGUGAAGAAAAUUAAGGACGGAAGUAGUGAAUCCGAAGAAGAAUCAUCAACGUGUAACGAAGCCUCAUCGGAAGACAGUGAUGACGAAUGUGAAAUUGGGAAAAUCGUCGAUAAUUCCAAUAAAGGUGGUAGCGUAUUAGCGCAAUUGAAUCUUAAAUUCAGCGAUGAAUGGACGAAAGUUGAAUGCGAAUUGGAUACUGGAGCCAAUACGAGCUUGAUUGGACGUGAAUGGCUAGACAAGCUUAGUGGAACGACGAAGGUGGAUAUUUUACCAUCAAAACUGCGACUUCAAAGCUUUGGAGGGAAUCCAAUAAAGGUACUGGGACAGGUAAAGAUUCCAUGUCAUCGGAAAGGACGUCGAUUCCGACUGGUUCUGCAGGUGGUGGAUGUUAACCAUCGCCCGCUAUUGUCAGCAAAGGCAUCUCGAAUGUUGGGAUUCGUGAAGUUUUGCAAGUCAGUAACGUUCAGCAAGACUGACUCAACCAAUUCGGAGCACAACACACUGAAUGUCUAUAGGAUCAAAGCACAAAAGAUAGUUGAAGAGUAUCACACACUCUUUCAGGGAUACGGUAAAUUCACUGGAACAGUAUCGUUGGAAGUUGAUGAAACAAUACAACCAUCAAUUCAACCACCACGUCGCGUGCCGAUUGCUAUGAGGGAAAAGCUGAAGAAGGAGCUCAAACAACUAGAAACGGAUGGUUUGAUCGUAAAAGAAGUCAUGCAUACAGAAUGGGUUAGCAAUAUUGUCGUGGUUCAGCGUGGUGAUUCGGAAUCUCGUAACAUUAGAAUUUGUCUCGAUCCAAUUCCUCUCAACAAAGCAAUCAAGAGGCCGCACCUACAAUUCAACACACUCGAUGAAAUUCUGCCGGAAUUAGGAAAAGCUAAAAUUUUCUCUACUAUGGAUGCUAAAAAAGGGUUUUGGCAUGUUGAAUUGGAUGAGCCAAGCAGCAAACUCACGACGUUCUGGACACCUUUCGGAAGAUACCGAUGGACCCGAUUACCGUUCGGUAUUUCAUCGGCGCCAGAAAUAUUUCAAAUGAAACUGCAAGAGGUAAUCCAGGGCCUCGAAGGAGUCGAAUGCUUGGCAGAUGACCUGCUAGUUUUUGGAGUUGGUGAUAGUCUCGAAGAUGCACUCAUCAAUCACAAUAAGUGUUUGCUUAAUCUAUUUCGUCGCCUCAAUGAACACAACGUGAAACUUAACAAGUCCAAGAUAAGAUUGUGUGAAACAUCCGUAAAAUUCUAUGGACAUGUGCUUACGAGCAAAGGAUUGCAACCGGAUGAAUCAAAGAUUUCAACAAUUCGAAAUUUUCCCAUUCCAAUCAACCGCAAAGAAGUUCAUCGCUUUAUCGGGAUGGUGAAUUAUCUGAGCAGAUUCAUUCCUAACUUGAGUGCCAAUUUAACGAAUCUUCGGAAGUUGAUAUCGGAAUCGGUUCCCUGGAGAUGGACGGAAGCUGAAGACAACGAGUUCAAAUGUGUUAAGCUGUUGGUAGCGGAUUUUCGAACGCUAAAAUAUUACAAUCCAAUGAAUCCCUUGACGAUUGAAUGCGACGCUAGCUGUUUUGGGCUUGGAGCUGCAGUGUAUCAGGAGGAAGGCGUGAUCGGAUAUGCUUCUAGGACACUCACUGCUACGGAGCGCAACUACGCGCAAAUUGAAAAAGAACUGUUAGCGAUAUUAUUUGCCUGUGUGCGGUUUGACCAACUGGUAGUAGGUAAUCCAAAGGUAUCAAUCAAAACAGACCACAAACCUCUAAUUAACGUGUUUCGUAAACCACUGUUGUCUGCACCAAAACGAUUACAGCACAUGUUGCUAAAUUUGCAGCGAUACAGGCUAUAUAUUGAGUUCGUCACCGGAAAGGAUAACGUAGUUGCUGAUGCACUGUCUCGGGCACCGUUUAACGAUAAAGGAUUAAAAGAUGAAUAUAAAAAGCUGAAUAUAUACAAGAUUUUCCAUGAUAUCGAAGAGGUGGAGCUAUCCAGAUAUCUUCACAUUUCGGAUAGUUGUUUGGACGAAAUAAAUGCGGAAACUAAACAUGAUUCUACGUUGCAGUUGGUAAUUGGUUACAUUCAGAAUGGUUGGCCCAAGUCAUCGGAUCAGGUCUUGGAUGCAGUGAAAGUUUAUUUUAAUCAUAGAAGUGAGUUAUGUUUCCAGAACGGUAUCGUGUUUCGUGGUGAUCGGAUUCUGGUGCCACACAAAAUACGACGCAAACUGAUUGACAAAUGUCACACCAGCCAUAACGGUAUCGAAGCUACUCUAAAGUUAGCUAGAGCUAAUUUAUUUUGGCCAGGAAUGAGCAGUCAAAUUAAGGAUGUGGUAAAGCAGAGCAAUGUUUGUGCGAAAUUCGCUUCUUCUCAAGUAAAUCCGCCAAUGUUAAGUCAUCGUAUUCCAGUUUAUCCCUUCCAACUUGUGUCUAUGGAUGUCUUUUUCGGAAAAUAUCUUGGGCGUGACAGGAAGUUCCUAGUGACCGUCGAUCAUUACUCAGACUUCUUCGAGUUAGACAUUCUUAAAGACAUGACUCCGGAAUCAGUAAUCAACACUUGUAGCAAGAAUUUCGCUCGUCACGGAAAACCGCAACUGAUCCUAACGGAUAAUGGCUCCAAUUUCGUAAAUAAAAAGAUGGCCAAAUUCACAUCUGAUUGGGGCAUCGAACAUACUACAUCAGCACCACAUCAUCAGCAAGCAAACGGUAAGUCUGAAGCCGCGGUUAAAAUCGCAAAACGUUUGCUGAAGAAGACUGAAGAAACGGGUGAAGAUUUGUGGUACGCGCUGCUUCACUUGAGAAACAUACCGAACAAGGUCGGUUCUAGUCCGGCAGCUCGUUUAUUUUCUCGGGCAACCCGAUGUGGAGUUCCAUCUUCUGGUGCGAAUUUGUUCCCAAAAGUGGUGGAAAAUGUUCCUGAGGCAAUAAAGGAUAAUAGAAGGAAGACCAAAUGGCAAUAUGAUAAGAAAACACGACACCUACCUACUUUUCAAGUUGGUUCUCCAGUUUUUGUGCAACUGAAUCAAGAGAAUUCCAAACAGUGGACACCUGGAAAAAUUUCAAGUCAAUUAAAUGAACGAUCCUACAUGGUAAAUGUGAAUGGAUCAAACGUUCGUCGAAGUUUAGUACACCUGAAACCGCGUAAGGAACCCUCUACGUCGCCUGGCCGUUCUACAUCGAAGCCGGGUCAAUCGUUACAGCGAAAGGAAGAUUAUCGUAGUCACGAAGUUGAAAUUCCAAGUGCCAGAUCGAAUCUGCAAGCUGCUCAUCAAACACUUCAGGAUAACAUUAUUCAGCAGUCACCUUCUUCGAUUGUUAUUGACGAGGAAAUCAAUCAUUCGCCGCCAAGGUCGUUGCAACCGCAGGUGUCUCAAGCGCCAGUUGUGACGUCACCUGUUUGUGAAUCGACAAAACAGAUCCCGACAGCAUCGAGUGGAACCCGACCAAAAAGAACAACACGUUUGCCAACUAAAUUGCAGGAUUAUCAAAUUGAAUUAAAUUAA